CCCCAGAGGCCAAAAUCCCAAAAUUCCAAAUAGAACGCCUCUUCCCCACCAUUUUCUCCGCCUCCUUCCUUCGCCCGCCCGUCUCCCCCGUCCAUGGCGGAGCAAUAGAUGGAUUCGCCCCCCACGCCCAGAGGAUAGAUCAUUGUGACACGCCGACGCAAGCAGCAACGCCGGAGACGGCGCCGGCGUGGGAGGGAAUACGAAGGAGCCGAAGCAAGAGAGGAGGUGGGACAGGAGGGGAGGAGUUGGAGGAGGGAUAGGAUUUGGGGGCCAAGAUGAGCACGGUGGACAAGAUGCUGAUCAAGGGGAUCCGGAGCUUCGACCCGGAGAACAAGAACGUCAUCACCUUCUUCAAGCCCCUCACCCUCAUCGUCGGCUCCAACGGAGCCGGCAAAACCACCAUCAUCGAGUGCCUGAAGCUGUCCUGCACCGGCGAGUUGCCCCCCAACUCCCGCUCCGGCCACACCUUCGUCCAUGACCCCAAGGUAGCAGGUGAAACUGAAACGAAAGGGCAGAUUAAGCUGCGGUUUAAGACAGCAGCAGGAAAGGAUGUGGUGUGCAUCCGCUCUUUCCAGCUUACCCAGAAGGCAUCAAAGAUGGAGUUUAAGGCAAUCGAGAGCGUCCUCCAGACUAUAAAUCCACACACGGGCGAGAAGGUUUGUCUCAGCUACAGAUGCGCUGAUAUGGAUAGGGAGAUUCCAGCCCUAAUGGGUGUUUCGAAGGCUAUAUUGGAGAAUGUUAUAUUUGUGCACCAAGACGAAUCCAAUUGGCCAUUACAGGACCCUUCAACACUUAAGAAAAAGUUUGACGACAUCUUUUCUGCUACCCGCUAUACCAAAGCUCUCGAAGUCAUAAAGAAACUUCACAAGGACCAAGCACAAGAAAUCAAGACUUUUAGGUUAAAGUUGGAGAACCUUCAGACUCUUAAAGAUCAAGCAUACAGGCUUCGUGACAGUAUUGCACAAGAUCAAGAGAAGUCAGACGCCUUAAAAACUCAAAUGGAGGACCUGAAAACAAACAUCCAAGCUGUGGAAAACAAAAUCCUUCGUACCGAAACAAGUAUGGUGGACUUGAGGAAACUUCAGGAGCAAAUUAGCACCAAAGCAACUGCUAGAAGUACAUAUUUUACACUUCAGCAGCAACAGUAUGCUGCUCUUUCUGAGGAAAAUGAAGAUACUGAUGAGGAGCUGAAGGAGUGGCAAACAAAAUUUGAAGAAAAAAUUGCAUUACUGGAAACGAAAAUCGCUAAACUUGAAAGAGAGAUGAAUGAUGAAUAUGCAAAAAGCUCUCUGCUAUCUGAGACCAUCAAUGAUUCAACACGUGAAAUAGGAAAGCUCCAGGCAGAAGCUGAUGCUCACAUGUCCGUGAAGCAUGAAAGAGAUUCAGCCAUCAGAACGAUAUUCAAUAAACAUAAUCUUGGGCCAGUUCCUGAUGCUCCUUUUACCAAUGAUAUUGCCAUGAACCUUACAAACAGAACUAAAGCAAGACUAUCGAAUCUCGAGGACGAUUUGCAGGAAAAGAAGAAAACUAACGAGACACAGUUAGAAUUUCUUUGGGGACGUUAUCUUAAAGUAAAUGCUCGCUACUCUGAAGUUGAUGGGCAGAUACAGUCUAAGAAGGAAUCUAAGAUAGGUGUUUUAAGGCGCAUAAAGGAUAAAGAGAAUGAGCGAGAUGCUGCAGAGACGGAGCUUUCAAGGCAUAAUCUGGCCCGUAUUGAUGAAAGAGAGCGGCAUCUGCAAAUUGAAGUUGAGAGGAAGACAAUUGCGCUGGGAGAAAGAGACUAUGAUUUGAUUAUAAGUCAGAAGCGCUCAGAGAUAUAUACCUUGGAUCACAAGAUAAAAGCACUUCACCGAGAGAAAGAUAACAUAGCAACUGAUGCUGAUGACAGAGUAAAAUUAGAACUCAAGAAGGAUGAGUUGGAGAAGUGCAAGAAGAAACUUAAAAAGAUAUAUGAUGAACAUAAGGAUAAAUUUAGAAGUGUCCUUAAGGGAAGGCUUCCUCAUGAGAAGGAUGUCAAGAAGGAGAUUACUCAAGCUUUCGGGUCUGUAGACUCAGAAUACAAUGAUUUGAACUCAAAAUCUCAGGAAGCGGAACAACAGUUGAAAUUGGCACAAAUGAAAAUUGAUGCUGCUAAAAGCCACUUGUCAAAGCUCCAAAAAGUUUUGGAUGCAAAAAGAAAGCAUCUGAACUCGAAACUUCAAUCCAUUUCUAAGGUAUCUGUUGACAUCAACGCUUACCCCAAGAUUCUGAAAGAUGCCAUGGACGAGAGAGAUAAACAGACAAAUAAUUUCAGUUAUGCUAAGGGAAUGCGCCAAAUGUAUGAACCUUUUGAAAAAGUGGCCCGCCAGCAUCACAAGUGUCCUUGCUGUGAUCGUGCUUUCACACCUGAUGAAGAGGACCUCUUUGUAAAGAAGCAAAGGACAACAGGUACAAGUACCGCAGAGCGCUUGAAAGUGCUGGCAGAGAACUUAUCAGUUGCUGAAGACUUAUUCAAUCAAUUGGAUAAUCUCCGUGUGAUUUAUGAUGAAUAUGUGAAACUGGAGAAAGAGACUAUACCUUUAGCAGAGAAGGAUUUGGAACAACUUUCGGCAGAUAAAAGUGAGAAGGAACAGAUAUCUGAUGAUCUUGUGAGUGUUCUUGCUCAAGUUAAAAUGGACAGGGAUGGAGUGGAAAUCUUGUUACGUCCAGUUGAUACUAUUGACAGGCAUGUGCAAGAAAUACAGGAGUUAGAACCACAAGUCAAAGAUCUUGAAUAUAAGCUUGAUUCUCGUGGCCAAGGUGUUAAAUCUGUCGACGAAAUUCAGUUGGAGCUGAUCUCUGUGCAGAGGGCAAGGGACACAUUGACUGGUGAAGUAGACGAUCUCAGGGAUCAGCAAAAAAUGCUUAGCGAGGAUCUAUCAAAUGCUCAGAUGCGGUGGCAUGCUCUUAGGGCAGAAAAACUAAGAGCUUCAAGUGUAUUGCUGAAGUUCAAAAAGGCUGAAGAAGAUUUGGUACAUUUUGCCGAGGAAAAGGAGCAACUGAUCCUAGAUCAGAAGCAUUUAGAAGAAGCUCUUGUUCCAUUGUCAAAAGAGAGAGAAAGCUUGUUGCAAGAAUAUAAAGCUUUGAAGGAAAGGUUUGAUCAGGAGUAUGAUCAGCUGGCAGAAAGAAAAAGGGGAUUCCAGCAAGAAAUCGAUGUACUUGGAACCCUUAACACACGCAUCAAAGGGUACCUGGAUUCAAACAAAGUAGAGAAGCUUAAUGAGUUGCAGGAAAGGCAUACCCUAUCCCUGUCUCAGUUACAGAAAUGUGAGGCAAGAAAGCAAGACAUCUCGGUUGAGCUUGACAAGAGCAAACAGCUAUUACGGAGCCAAGAUCAAUUGAAAAGAAACAUUGAUGACAAUCUGAACUACAGGAAAACAAAGGCUGAAGUGGAUCGACUUACUCAUGAUAUCGAGUUACUUGAAGAUAAUGUGCUUUCCAUCGGCAGCAUGUCUACUAUAGAAGCUGAUCUUAAGCGGCAUGCUCAAGAAAAGGAGAGGCUUCUUUCAGAGUAUAAUAGGUGUCAAGGAACAAUUUCUGUUUACCAAAGUAAUAUUUCAAAGCACAAACUUGAACUUAAACAGACACAAUACAAGGAUAUUGAGAAGAGAUAUUUUAACCAACUUCUUCAACUAAAGACAACUGAGAUGGCAAAUAAGGACUUGGACCGAUACUAUGCUGCUUUGGACAAGGCUCUUAUGCGGUUCCAUACCAUGAAAAUGGAGGAGAUAAAUAAAAUAAUUAAGGAAUUGUGGCAGCAGACAUACAGAGGCCAAGAUAUUGAUUGCAUAAGCAUCAAUUCUGAUUCUGAGGGUGCAGGCACUCGAUCAUAUAGCUACCGUGUUGUCAUGCAAAAUGGUGGUGCUGAGCUGGAAAUGCGAGGGCGAUGCAGUGCUGGUCAGAAGGUGCUUGCUUCUCUUAUAAUCAGACUCGCACUGGCAGAGACAUUCUGUCUGAAUUGUGGCAUAUUAGCUCUGGAUGAGCCAACCACCAAUCUUGAUGGACCGAAUGCUGAGAGCCUAGCUGCUGCCCUAUUGAGAAUAAUGGAGAGUAGGAAAGGCCAGGAGAACUUCCAGCUGAUUAUAAUCACCCACGAUGAGCGGUUUGCUCAGCUUAUUGGUCAGAGGCAACUUGCCGAGAAGUAUUACCGAAUCUCCAAGGAUGAGCAGCAACACAGCAAAAUAGAAGCCCAAGAGAUAUUUGACUGACGAUGGUUGCUUGGAACAUAUAUGCUCUCAGUGCUAAUCCUCCUUUACCGGCCAAGUGGGUGCGGUUCACUAUGAUGGGCUGUCAUGGAGAGAAAUGGGUACCAGCGAACUAGUAGUUCCUUAGUUUGGUUUCUGUGCAUGCAAUUGCCUGCUUAUUCUUGUAUAUAAUCUGGAGGUGGUACUGUGUUAUGACUUGUCUCUUCGCCCUUUAUUCUUGAAUUGACUUCUAAUGCAGCCUCCACUCUGAUGUCGUCUCAUGACAAAAAGGGUUGUCUUAAAAUGAAAAAAAAGGAUUAUUGGAAGAAUGCACGGUUGCUUUUCUUCCAGAAAUCAUUCCUCGCAAGAGGAAAUUGAUAUCCA